AUGCCAUUCAGAGAGAAUGUGGAAGAGGCGAGGGUUGAGAUCAACCGCUGGUUCGAGGACAAGACAGGCGGCUUCAUCAAAGACCCCAUGCCAGAAGGCCACCUCGACGCCACCUUGACGGCCCUUGUCAUCGGCAAUGCGCUCUACAUGAGGGGCACAUGGCUAGACCCGUUCGACCCUGAGUACACCCAGGACGGGGACUUCUUCUUGGCCGACACCGACGGGAGCCGUGUGCGCGUGCCGUUCAUGACGAGCAAAAACGACCAGUGCAUCAGCUGCCACCCCGGCUUCAAAGUCCUGCAGCUACACUACGAGAGCAAAGGCGGCAGCAACCACCGGUUCAGCAUGCACAUCUACCUCCCGGACGAGCGCGACGGCCUGGAGGCCCUGCUGCUCGAGAUCAGCUCCUCCGGCACCGCGGAGUUCGUGGCCCGCUGCGUCCCGGCGGCACGACGCGUCGAGGUGGGGAACCUGAGGAUCCCAAAGUUCAAGGUGUCAUCAAAGAUAGACGCGCGGGAUGUGCUGCAAGGUCUUGGCCCGGAGCUGCCGUUCCGCUUCACACACGAUCGGUCGGAGAUGAUCGAGUUGGCAGAGCCAGAGCCGCCUCUAAGGGUGCAGAAUGUGCUCCACGAGUGUGUCGUGGAGGUGAACGAGGAUGGAACCAUGGCCGCUGCGGCCACUGAAGCUGAUGAUGAUGUUGGGUUUUCUCCGUACGGAGAGGAACCGGCUCGCGUGGACUUCGUGGCGGAUCACCCCUUCCUGUUCCUCAUCAGGGAGGACAAGAGUGGCAUUCUGCUUUUUGCAGGGCAAGUGCUCAAUCCCCUGCUCUAG